AUGGCGUGUGCAACUCUUAAAAGGAACUUGGAGUGGGAAGCUCAGCCUGCUAAAAGGCGUAGAUGUUCUCCUUUGGCUGCAAGCUCAAGUACAAGUCCUAGUACAAGUGUACGAGUUGAGUCUAAAACCGGAGUAUUUGGAGAAACACUUAGUGCAUCUGUGAAAAUGACUCCAGAGCGUAUGGCGCAGGAGAUUUACGAUGAAAUUAUUCGCUUACAUCGUCGUCGCCAACUGCGUAUGGUAUCUGGCGCUGCUGCCUGCUCAAGCUCCAGUGGCAGCGAGGGAGAUGCUUCUCCACCACAUGGAUCUGCUCAUUCCGAGAAGGGACGCACCAUUAAACACAGAGCACUAUUCACAUUCAAACAAGUGCGUAUGAUUUGCGAGCGCAUGCUCCGCGAGCAGGAGGCGGCUCUCCGCGCCGAGUACGAGUCUGCUCUGAGUACUAAGCUUCACGAACAAUACCAGGCCUUCGUGUGCUUUAACCUGGAUCAAGUGCAGAGCCGACCGCCGCCUGCCACGUGCAUGCCGCUCGGGAUGGACGCCGAACAUCACAUGCAUCAAGAUCUUGUGCCCAGCUGUGAGUUAUUACUAUUAUUCUUUUAA